AUGGCAGGAGGGAGGAAGGGAGCACUCGACGUGCCUGAGGUCAGAGCUGGGGGGCCGCUGAUGGGGGAGGAAGCCUGCCAGGGACAUCUAGCAGAAUCUGCUCCCCGUCCUCCCCAUAAAAGGCCACGGGUUCUAAAGCUGACCGGCCCCGCGGUCCUCCUCUGUCCUGAGGACUCAUUCGGUGCUGUGUCUCACCGAGGAGACUCCAAGGUCUCUUCAGAAAAACUAGUCCACCCGGGGCUCUCUCCCACCAACGUAAGGAGUCAGCCCAGAGGGAGCAGCUGCCGUUGGCAACCACCUCGCUGUUGUCGCUCUGUCCUCGUGUUUGCUCUCGAUGAUGUUUACAUGUGA